ACCGCAUCACAUUGAGCUCUAAUCCUCUCAGCUCUCACAAGUAAUCCUCUCAGCCCACACACACGCAUGAGCUAGCUGAAGUGCGGAAGUAGCACUAGUUAGUUAUCAAAACUAGAACUAAAUGGCGACCUCGCUGCUCCUCUCCCUACCCCAACAAUGGCAGCCCUUCCUCUUAGCACUCAUCGUUUCUGCUGUCUCCCUCCUACUGUGGACAAGGAGGAAAGGGAAAGGGCGGCUGAAGCUGCCACCGGGCCCCGUGAAGCUGCCCAUCGUGGGGAACCUGCACCAGCUAGGCUCGCUGCCGCACCGGACUCUGAGUGAUCUGGCGCGGCUCCACGGGCCGGUGAUGCAGCUGCAGCUCGGCACGGCGCCCACCGUGGUGCUGUCUUCAGCGGAGGCGGCAUGGGAGGCGCUCAAGGUGCACGACCUGGACUGCUGCACGCGGCCCGUGUCCCCGGGGCCAACGCUCCUAAGCUACGGCCUCAAGGACGUGGCGUUCGCGCCCUACGGCGCCUACUGGCGCCACAUCCGGAAGCUCCUCGUCGUCGAGCUCCUCAGCGCACGCCGCGUCAAGGCCGCAUGGUACGCGCGCCAGGAGCAGGUGGACAGGCUGGUGGCCGCCCUGUUAGCCGCCGGGAAGGCGAAGCAGCCAGUGGUGCUGGACGAGCACGUCCUGCGCCUCUCCGACUGCAUCACGGGCACGGUGGCGUUCGGCAGCGUCUACGCCAGCGACAAGUUUGCGAGCUUCCAGCACGCCCUCGACGAGGCCAUGGAGGUGAUCUCCUGCACCUCCGCGGAGGACUUCUUCCCCAAAGCCGUUGGCCGGCUCGUCGACCGCAUCAGUGGCUCCGUGGCCCGCCGCGAGAGGGUCUUCAGGCAGCUCGACGCCUUCUUUGAAAUGGUCAUCGAGGAGCACCUGGACCCUAAGCUCGCCAACCCUGCUGAGAAUGAGAAUGGCGGUGGCGGCGACCUCGUCGACGCGCUCAUCGCCCUCUGGAAGGAGGACCCUGGGUUCACCAGGGACCACGUCAAGGCCCUAAUCUUUAACACGUUCAUCGCCAGCAUUGACACGAGCUCGGUGACCAUCCUAUGGGCAAUGUCAGAGCUGAUCCGGAAGCCAUGUGUGCUCGGCAAGGUGCAGGCCGAGAUCAGGGCCGUGGCGGGCGGCAACGUCAACGGGAGGGUGCUGUCAGAAGACGUGUCCAGGCUCACCUACCUCAACAUGGUCGUGAAGGAGACCCUCCGGCUGCACCCGCCGGCGCCACUGCAGCUGCCGAGGGAGACGAUGCGGCACAUCCAGAUUGCCGGGUAUGACGUGCCGGCCAAGACGCGGGUCUACGUCAACGCGUGGGCCAUCGGCAGGGACCUGGCGAGCUGGCCGGACGGCCCGGAGGAGUUCAACCCCGACAGGUUUGAGGGGAGGGACGUAGACGUCAAGGGCGAGCAUCCCGAGCUGAUGGCGUUCGGCAUGGGGCGCCGGAUAUGCCCCGGCUUGUCCAUGGCCAUGGCCACUGUAGAGUUCACCCUGGCCAACCUGCUCUUCUGCUUCGACUGGGCGCUCCCGGAGGGGAUAGCGGCAGACGACGUGAGCAUGGAGGAGGAAGGACGGGUCGUGUUCCACCGCAAGACGCCGCUCAUGCUCGUGCUUACUGCUUACGUACCGCCACGGCCACGUCCUUGCUGAAUUGGAACAUCACAGUAGUUGGCUAUUGCAAUAUGGGAUUGCUGAGUGUCAGUGUCUUAGUCGAUCCUAUAUUUGCAGGACUUUACGUUGAGAUCCGUGCAAAUUUUUCUUUCCAGUUUGUUCAUUUUCUUUCUUACAAGUUAUAUCACUUGACUUAAACCUGGUUAAGUAUAAGUCAACUGAGACUUAGACACACCAAUUGCAAUAUCCA